UGUGUGUGUGUGUGUGUGUGUGUGUGUGUGUGUGUGUGUGUGUGUGUGUGUGUGUGUGUGUGUGUGUGUGUGUGUGUGUGUGUGUGUGUGUGUGUGUGUUCGUGUGCGUGUGAGAGCCCGAGAGACGGGGAUAGACAGGGGGGAGUCAAGGAGGAGGCUGCGUGUAAAAGUGGGAGGAGCCAGUAGACGUGGAAACCAGGACAGGUGGCAACAGGUGAGCAGAACAGAAGUCAGACGCGUUUCACCGGGAGAGAGAGAAGAGUCCCCCGGGAAUACGGUUACCGUCUGACAUGACAGACGACAGCGGAACCUAGGAGCCAUUUUAUAACUUCGUUCCGGAGCGGAAAGCGACAACAGUGUUUGGGGCACAACAACAGCACGCCCAACUUUGGGUCCUGUGCACAGCGCGUCGCAGGAGUGCCGUCGUUACGCGGCACCAUGAUCAGCUCGGAGAACCUGAGACCGGCCGGGAACGGACGGAAACCGCUCGGUAAACUCGCGUCCCGCCUGGAGGAGGUGAAGAACCCGUGGCGGCAGGUCGCCACGCUCGAGCUGAGCCACAACGAGGCGGCGCGGCUCGCGACGGACGCGCUACUGGAGCACGGGGAGAAGGAGUACCGCCGCGUGCUCACCGAGGAGCGUGAACUCAACUUUCUGUCGCCGCUCGAGAUCCGCUACAUCACCGAGCAUGCCACCAAGGCGUGCGACGACAGCAACGGCACCGCCGGUUGCAACGAGCGGGACUUCGGGGACGGCGACGGCGACGCGCUGUCGGAGCUCACCUCCGGGACCUACUUCCCCAUGAUGUCCGACGAGGAGCCCCCGAUGCUGGAGCUGGGCUGGCCCGAGUCCCCGCUGAGGUACGGCCCGUCCGAGACGCAGAUCUAUUUCCAGAGAGACAAGUCCCACAACGUCAAGGACCUGGUCCGGUCGCUGAUCAACAAAGCCACCAAGGUGAUCGCCCUGGUGAUGGAUGUGUUCACUGACGUAGACCUGCUGUGUGACCUGAUGGAGGCGUCCAGUAAGCGUCGCGUCCCCGUCUACAUCCUGCUGGACCACAACAACCUGGACGCCUUCAGCGACACCUGCUGCGCCCUGGACCUCCAGAGCGCCCACCUCACUAACAUGCGUGUGCGCAGCGUGUGCGGGGACACCUACUGUACGAAGAGCGGCCGUAAGUUCACGGGUCAGGUCCAGGAGAAGUUCCUGAUCGUCGACUGUGAGGAAGUCAUCGCGGGGUCGUACAGCUUCACGUGGCUGUCGGCGCAGGUCCACUCCAACAUGGUCAUGCACUUCUCGGGCCGCAUCGCCGACAGCUUCGACCGGGAGUUCCGCUGCCUGUACGCCGACUCGCAGGUCAUCGAGUGCUUCAGCGGGCCCGAGGACGAGGGCGAGCCCUACUACACCUACCCCGUGGCGGCCCCGCCCGCCGUGGGGCCCGGAGGCACGGGGGUCGGCCCCGGCCUGGACGUCUUCGAGAGGCAGCGGGAGCGCGUCUGCUCGGAGAACUCCAGCAGCCAGUCCAGCAGCAGCGUCUCCAGCGUGAAGGCGUCGCCGGGGAUGAGCUCCAGCACCGUCUACAAGGUCACGCAGGGCGGGGACAAGGUCAGCCCCACCCCCCACGCCCCCGAGAGGAGGGGAGGGGCCGGGGAGAGGGAGCGAGGGGGAGGGGGCGGUGGCCUGACCCCGACGUUGCAGAACCACGGCCUCCAGGCAACCCGCACCGCCACCCCCAACCGGGUGACCAACCAAAGCCCGCUCCCGGAGCGGACCACGCCCGGGUACGGCCAAGCGGGCGGAAUGGACCGGCUCAAGACUGGCCCGGCCGACUACCUGAGGCCCAACUUCAACCCAACCAAGUUCCAGGCCAUGGGUCUGUACGACCACAAGCCCUCGGCCUAUCACAGCGCGGCCCUGCCCCCCGGCGCCGGCCCCGCCUCCAACGCCCACUCCCCGCCGCCCACCGCCAACGACGGCAGGCUGAUCGCCCGGCGGCCGUCCGCCAACCCCUUCCUCACCAAGCUCACGGACCUCUUCCUGCCGCCCUCCGGCAAGGACCGGGAGCCCGCGGCGGGGCGGCGCCCCUAUAGGGAGGACGCAAUGCCCAGCGGGGGGGGUCCCGACCUGUCCCUCCCCCAGCCCGAGAGCCAGCAGAGCCCGCCCCCGCCGCCCCCCGCCGUCACGGGCGGCGGGAUGAACCGCAGCGACGCCAAGAGGAUGACGCUGGGCCACAGCAAGCUGGACCUGGUGAACCACUACAACAAGCUCAAGUCCAAGCACGUGUACAGCCGCUUCGAGCUCAAGAACGGGAACUAGAGCCCCCGAGGGCGGACGGCUGGGGCUCCUCGGGGGGGGGCCGCUGAUCAAAUGAACACGACCCGGGUGGCGUGCGAACGGCAGGUCGACCAAUCACGUGAGCCCAUGUCGGGGAGACGGGAGGUGACGCACGACGUGGAUUAUUGAUUCCUGUGAAUGCGUCUUUUUCUACUCGUGGACCCAGAACACGGGUGUUCAGUGGUAUUGAUGAUUGAUACCUGGGGAGGCCUUUUCCGUGCCCGGCCCGACCCAGAGGUCUUCCAUCUCCGGGGGUCUUUUUGUCCCAGCUUCCAGCGGAGGUCGGCGUUCCGGAGUUCCGUACUGUACACCGUACUGUACACCGUACUGUACACCGUACUGUACACCCUACUGUACAUCGUACUGUACACCGUAGACCUAACAAAGCCCUGUUUACUGCUGUUGUCAACCUGCACAGACCACAGUUAACCUCCUUCCUAUGAUCAUGGGGGGUAGAAUCCUCCAGCUGUCACGUGACCGCUCACGUGACCGGUCACGUGAGCUGAGGUAUAAGAGUCCCCAGAUUCGGCAUGUUGUCCAAAACUGCCUCAAGUACAGGACCCCGUCUACAGAGGCGCUAAAGUUCUCUCUCUCGCUCCCACUCUUUAUUGCUCUCUCUCUCUCUUGCUCUCUCUCUCUCUCUCGCUGUCUCGACCGUCCCUGUCUGUGUGCUAGCGACAUUUCCCACCGUGCCCCGAUGGUUACGUUCUGUAGGAACGUUGGAUGUGGUGCAGAUUGCAUUCACUCAAUUCCUGAUAUCACUUGAUGUGAACACAGGCGAUCCUCUGUUCACGUUCUAGAUUCUACGAGAUAUUCAAAUACACAAACAUGGGAACCCAGUUCUCCCACAAUGCAUUAGUUGAGUUCAUACUUCCUGGCUUCAGAGAAGUCCUUACAUGCCGCUGUCGGUCCACUGCAGACCCGCUGAUCACCAGCCCUGAUUCAGUCUCUCGGACUAUGAAUACGUAUUCAUGUGUUCCUAACAUAUUAGACUGUGGCUUCCUCAAGAACGCCACGACGACGGCCAGUGGAAUAGAGCAACGAUGGCUACAGUUACCGUUUAGCCGACGGUACUGCUCCCAGAGAUAAAUCCUUUCUCUGUUGGAGCAUGGUGCCUUUCCAACAGUUGACUGGAGAAUAAAAGUAGAACUGAACCAACUUAGUCACACCGGGCAAAUAUUUGACUUGUCAAAAUGAGAACAUUUGCGGUAUCAACUCAGGCGCUAAGUUGUGAAGAUCACGACAGCUAAUCGUCUGCUGUGUUUUCUAGCAUCUAUUUUUUUUCUUUCUUUCAAAAAAAACAACAACAAAUGUUGAUAAAAAUUGUUUUAUACAACUAUGAAGUUUUUGAUACUGGAGAUAAACCUUCUUGUGGCCCUGUCGUGCAAGUGUACAUUAAUAACUACUGAAUUAGGGACUAAUGUAAAUAACUUGCCUGUGUAUACAAUGUUUUUUGUACAAAGUCUUUGCAUAAUGUGAAUGAAUACAGGUCUGAGCUGUUUGAGUACACCUCCUCAACAACAUCCAUGAAACCGUCUUGUGAUUAACAUCCCGAGACGACAGUAGUUCCUUGUGACCGUGUAGUUGUAAAUAUCACCUCUAGAUACUGUACUUUACAUACUGUACAUAGAAAAAUGAACGCUGAUGCUUGGUUAUUGUGACAUGUGUUCGAGCUGGCAUUUACUGUUACAAGGGGCUACUAUGAAAAUUUAUAACAGUGUUAAAACAUUUUCUAAGAUGCAAUAAAGAUACUUUUGAUCAG